GAAAAUUAUUGUCUAGUCUGGUUGUGAUAUUCCGAAACCACCCUUACUAAACAUAUUCCAAGAAACCCGAAAAAGAAACUGGUAAUCAGGCGAAUGUCCGAUUAAUAUCUUCCAAAAACCCUUGUUCCGAUUCCGAUUCAUCUUAUCCAGAAACCUGAAAUUGUUGGUAACGAUAAUGAUGUCCCAACAACGACUUUCUUAAUCGGAAAAACUUUGCUCCGCCUGUGAAACGCCGAAUCAUUCUGGCAAUACUAUUCCGCUGACGCGAUCCUGGUGGAGGAGACCGGUGAAGGAUGUCGUCGUCGCCGGACCUUGGGAAAAUACUGGAGAAUGCAAAGGAGCUCGAUCGAGUGAGGAAAGAGCAGGAAGAUGUUCUCAUGGAUAUCAAUAAGCUGCACAAGAAGCUGCAGUCGUCUCCAGAAGUGGUUGAGAAGCCUGGUGAUACUUCACUUGCAAAACUCAAGAUGUUAUAUACUCAAGCCAAAGAGCUUGCAGAAAGUGAAGUAAAUAUCUCCAAUCAGUUGGUAACUCAGCUGGACGCAUUAAUGCCUUCUGGGCCUCCUGGGCAACAACGUAGAAGAACAGAGGGAGGUGAGCAGAAAAAGAAGCGUGUGAAGGUUGAUUCUGACAUGGCAAGAAUGACUCCUAGUGCACGCAUUGAAUCGCCCGCUAGUUUGAAGGGUGAACAGGUGGCUGCUAGGGUCACCCAAGAGGAUGCUGACAAAGACGUGUGGUUCGUUGUCAAAGUAACUCAUUUUGACAGAGAAGCAAAAGAGUUUGAAGUCUUAGAUGAAGAACCAGGUGAUGAUGAUGAGGGUGGUGGCCAGAGGAAGUACAAGUUGCCAGCUGAUCAUAUUAUACCGUUCCCUAAGCGGAAUGAUCCCUCUAGUGCUCAAGAUUUCCCACCGGGGAAACAUGUUUUGGCUGUCUACCCAAGCACCACUGCUCUGUAUAAAGCAACUGUUGUCCAUGCUCGUAAGGUGAAACUCUAUUCAAUCAUUUGCUUGUGUGUUAUCCACAUUGCUUCCAAUGAGAACCUUGUCUAAUGCUCUUCAUACAAUUUUCUUGGCAUUGGCUGUCUCUGGUUGUUGGCUUUCAGAGGAAAACUGAUGAGUAAGCUACCUCUCAUGUCCCCAUUGUAGUUUCUAUCAUAUCUUUUUAAGAACAUAUCAGCACCUUGAUAUUCUAAUUUAUGUUAGACAAUUCUCUUUGGCACAAUUUUAGUAAAAUGUUCUUGUGUAUUCAGACCAUGUGUCAAUAUGUCUAAAGCUGACUAAAUUACAUGUUUCAUUUGUUUGGCAGUUACAUAUUAGAAUUUGAUGAUGAUGAGGAAGAAGAUGGAUCCUUACCUCAGCGCUCAGUGCCGUUCCACCGAGUGGUUGCUCUUCCAGAAAAUCAUAAGCAAUGAAGCUGUGUGUUGUCUAUACUUGUAAAUGUAGCUGCGGUGCCAAUGGAGAUUGGGCAUAUUCUACUUUGUGUACCUAUCUGCAUCCUACGCGAUCUUAGGCCACUACUGUUGAGAGUUCUUAUAUGUUCACACAUGUAAUGUAGUAAUUUGAGACAUUAGGCUUAUAUUGUUUCUUCCAUUGUAACACCAAAAAAAAAAGCUUGUCCAAUGUAUAAUAAUUAGUGAACAAGCAAGCAUUGUACACGACUGCAAGUGUUGUAGUAAAUGUAAUCGUAGAAGAAAAGAUUGCUUGGGAUCUAAUGUUGUAUUAGCAAAUUUUUGUGAAACAAAUUCCUCUUGCCUCCAACUCGGUCACGGAUGAGAAAUCAUCUAAGGCAGAGCUGAGAGAACUCCCUACGCUCUCUUCGUCUGAAACUUCAAGAAGGUUUAUAAAUUUUUUUUUUUUUCUUUGAAGUUCGUCAAC